AUGCCCCGCAACAUAGGUGACCCCCACGCGGAGGGCGUUAAUAUGCACCCUGUUUUCGAAAACCCGGAUCCAAACCGUGGAGAGCCCAACCGUGUCGGGCCAGCCCUCAUUGGAGACCUGCACCAGGUCAAUUCUCCAUUCCCCUGCUCCCAGGUCGCUACAGCGCGUCAGACAGUCUCCUACGCUGUUACAACGAUCAUCCUCGCAAAGUAUCGCGAGCCAUUGGGGACCGUUCUCUACUCCCCGAAUAUGCAAUAUAUUCCCCUCCACCCCCAUCCGCCCAACUUCCGCAUGAAUGCCAUGCACUUGUAUUCAAACGGCCAGUUUGGCCUGCACGACUGGGUGUUCAACCCACAAUUCUACAAAGAAGAAGAGCCCCAUGUUCCCUGGAUCCCCCUCGAUUUGUACAACCCCCCUACUGGCCUGUAUAUUGCAUCUUUGCGGACGGACCUGUAUCCGCAACAGUACUGGAGCACCGCGCCCAGCUUCUUUGCCAUCUGGGGUGCCGAGUUCCAGGAGAUGGAGCGGCACUACCACUUCGUCAAUGAUUGGGUGUUCCAGUGUGGAUGCACGUUCCCUUCAAGCAACUACCCUCGAACAUCGCUAUCUGCGAGCUGGUGUAUUCACAACGCGCCCCCGUGGAAGCAGGCCAGGAAAGUGCCAGCCUUCCGCAUGUCAUCCCUUGGACUCAAAAUGCGGGUCAUCAAGACGUUGCGUGAAAGUUUGCCCGCGCACUUCGGUUGCAACGAGGUCCAAGGUGUCAUCGUUGGGUCCGUUGUCAGCGUCAAAUCUGCCGGAUACGAGGCGCUCGAGAACACCACCAAGUCUGGGUGGGCGAGUUAUCAGUCUUUGUCAGCCGUUCGUUCGGGUUGGGGGGAGUCGCUGGAGCUGAGCGCGGGACCAUCACGUCAGUCUCCGGGACCAACAGUGGGACCUUUGCAUUUGUUGCGAGAGACCAAGGUUGCACGCAAUGCAGCCGCUGCCGGCCCACUUGACCCAGCAUCACAAUCUCGACACCGCAUCCCGCAGACGGUGAAUAAGGCUAUGCAGGUGCAGUUACAGAAGCUCGCGUUAUUCGACUUCGAGGGGGAGCAGUGGGUUCUCAGCUGUGCGCCGUUCAUCAAUGAGAUCAGGCGGAGGUACCACGACAACACAAAGAUCGUCAUCGAAGAGGUGCUUUUGCCGUCACCGCCCAUGUCUCUGAUGGACAAGCCAUCCGCUUCCGCCGCCUGGCGUCGGACAGGCUGGAUUCUCUUCUGCUGGAAAUAUAAGGAACUCAUGAGCCAUCCCCGCAUCACAAAUGACUUCACGGUGUUGUCAACCCUGCGGUUCACCCUGGGCGUCUGGUCCUCCCUCUUGGACCCGCAUUUGUGGUUGAGGUACUUCGACCCGGUCAACCCUCCAACUGUCGACCGGAAUGGGAAGGACAAGGCCGCCGUGGAAGCCACAACACUCGUCCGAAGACUUUUAAUCGCGGAGAAGAUCAAACUCCCAUCGCUCGACAGCCCGCUCUCGUACAACCUCUUCAACUUCAACUGGCCCGACCGCAAGAAGCCGCCACCCGGGCUCCUCCAAGAGGACUGGAUGGGGGUCGUAAUGUGGGACGUCCAAGCCAUGGGCUUCCACCUUGACAUGCGCACCCUCAACUUCUAUGUCUACUGGUCCAUGACCUUGACGACGACCAUGGCAAGGGACCAGCUCCGCUACGUUGACGGCCUGAUCGGCCAAAUGAACAAUUGCAACAGCAGCAUCGCGCAACAUGACCCAGCCGGUCGCAUCAAGUCUAUCCACGUCCUCGCGCAACUUAUGCACGGAUGGCAGAUCGGCAAAAAGUACGUCUUGUGGGAUGAGGCGCGCUCUAUGACAGAUCAAUAUUGA